CUCUACUUCCGGUAGGAGAGCCCCGUUGUUCCGAUCGACGUGAUCGCGACCUCGCGUUCCCUUGAAUCCUUCCUGACCCUCCUACGGCAGCCCGUCGAGCGCGGCGCGGGCUGGGAGCGGCAGCUGGCGGCCCCGGUGCUCAAGGAGGUGGAGGUGGUGCCCACGCUCCUCUCCGACGACGCGCACACCAUCGGCCUCCCGCCCAGGGUGACGCAGCCCUCCGUGGGUCGCUACGUGCGCGAGGUCAAGCACUACCGAGACGCCUCGUACGGCACCCACUUCGGCCAGUACAGCGGCGUCAACCUGCUGCCCGUGUUCGGGGAGCGCAUGAAGACGGUCCCCACCGUGCCGAGGACGCACCAUCACUUCGGCACGGGCGUCAACGCGGGGUACCACGACGUGAAGCUGCACCCGACCGUCCUGGAGCUGAAGGUGCUCGCGGACAGGGCCAACUGGGUACCCCCACCCAGCGAUGCGAGCGCCACCGUGGUCCGCCUGACCCGACCGGCACAGCUCUACCCACAAGAGCACCAGGCGCUGUUCCCCUUCCCGAGGGACCCCGCGGGCGCGGGCUGCCCACCGCCGCCGCGGACGCACUCGCCGCCCCAGCAGCCCGAGCAGCCGGCCGCGCUGGAGAAGGAGGAGGAAGUGGUCCUGCCCAUGAGCUCCCUGCUGUGGCCGACGCCCUUCUGGUACAACGGGUCGCUGGCGCGGCCGGGCAAGCCCGUCGGCAGGCCCGACGACUACGGCUACUGCAAGCUGCUCAAGGACUGCGGCCCGGUGGACGUCGGGGAGGCGGUGCAGGUGGACAAGACGGACUACUACAUCCCGGGGCAGAUAGCCGACGAGGGGAAGUGCGCGGAGCCAGAACCCGAACGGGAGGCAAGAAAACAUAAUCUCUUUCAUUUUUAA